CUAAUCACAUGACAAGCCUGUCUGGAGUCAAAUAUGACUGAUGCUUCCUCUUAGAUAUCCUGUUGGAGAUGGAUCCUACGUCUGUGUCAGAGGGGGAGAGAGUCACACUGAGAUGUAGAACUCAAUGUACAGUCGGUCUCAACCCCACCUACAUCUGGUACAAGAACAGACAACAUCUAACCAACCCAGUCACCAGUUAUAACAGGCUGAUCCUAGACCCAGUCACCAGUUAUAACAGGCUGAUCCUAGACCCAGUCACCAGUUAUAACAGGCUGAUCCUAGACCCAGUCAGCAGUGAGGAUGCAGGGAACUACUCCUGUGCUGUAGAAGGCUUAGAGAGAAUCCUCUCUCCAGAAGAGACUCUCACUGUCAGAUAUGGUCCAAAGAACACCUCAGUGUCAGUCAGUCCCUCUGGUGAAAUAGUGGAGGGCAGUUCAGUGACUCUGACCUGCAGCAGUGAUGCCAACCCACCUGUGGACAAAUAUACCUGGUACAAGAAGAAUGGAGGUGAAUAUCAGUUCUCCUAUGUGAACACAGAACCACAUCUUGUCUUCAAUCAGAUCAAGUCCUCUGUCACUGGAGAGUACUACUGUGAGGCCUGGAAUGGGAUUAAGACGGGGACGUCUGAGUCAAUCAACAUCAAUGUGAAAUGUGAGUAA